CGGAGCACUGGGUGGAGAGUGCUGACAGGCGAUGGAGCAGAAACUUCAGCCUUAAACCUUCAAUGACUGAACAGAUGUAUGUGAUUUUAAUCCGGAAACCAGCAAGGCGGCCAGAGGGAGGGAAUAAAUCCCAUUGAAAGAGGGACCAACUGAUACCAACGCCUGCUGCUGUUAACAUGUCGAGUACCUCUCCAGGUACACGGAAGCGCAAGGAGGAAAUUCAGAAAGGAUUACACUUUAUUCAAUCUCCAUUACCUUAUCCUGGAAGUCAGGAUGAAUAUGAGACUUUUCUGCAUCAGCUUGUUAAAAACUUACUGGAAGAAGGGAAUGAGCUGUACCGAGAGAAGGAUUAUAAACAGGCCCUGUUCCAAUAUGUAGAGGCCUUGAACGUAGCCCAGUAUGCAGAAUCAGAUGAAGUCGUAAUCUCACAACGUUUGCUGGAGCACCUGUAUGUUAAUCGAGCAACCUGCUAUUUCAGUAUGGGUGUAUAUGAGAAAGCUCUGGAAGACUGUGAAAGUGCCUUGAAGCUCAAUGAAAAUAACUAUCGGGCACUUUAUCGGAAAACCAGAGCACUCAAUGAGCUAGGAAAGCAUAAAGAAGCUUAUGAAUGCAUAGCCAAGUGUUCCUUCGCUGUUCCCCAGGACGAAAAUGUUGUGAAAUUGACACAAGAACUGGCGCAAAAGUUGGGGCUACGGAUCCGUAAAGCGUACAUCAGAGCUCAGCCUGACAUGGAUACAGUGGGUCUCACUGCAAUUGGGAAUCCAGUGAACAGUGGGCAUAUAUCCAUAAACGGCACAAGUGGUAUAGAUGAUAUUGAAUCAGAUUUGGCUUUGGAGUUUCCAUGUGCUCCUGGUCCAGCCACCACUCCCGUACCAGCCAGUGAAUCGUCAGGCCCUCUUCUCUCAGCUGCUCUCAGUAUCCAGCAGUCACAGACAGACCCUGCCCCACUCAAGGGCACUGCUGGUGAUGGGGUAUCUCUCUCAGUGCCUGAAACUACAGAUGAAUUUCCAGAUGGAGAGAUUAUUGGAGAAGACCUGGACACAUUAUUGGAUUCUAUUGGGGAGGCAAAUGAAUUUCCAAUGACAUCAGUGGCAGGGACUAUUCCGACCAACCUACCCAAUGACGUGUCCAGGCUACUUGCCGUCUUACCCAGUGGUGCCCCAGUGCUUCCGUCUGCUGUAAAGGGUAACAUUGGCCCAAAGGUGUCGCUUCCACCAGCCUAUUCAAUGCUUCCUGUCCAGAAGAUGGACACCCUGGACACUAUCGGUCCAAGCACAACUGUGAAUAGUUUGGAUUCUUUGGAUCUACUCCCUGGAACAGAAUCUCAGCCUGUAUCAAGACCAAUGACACCAAACAACAAUAAGGGCGUAUCAAGCAGCUUCUCUUUGGGUAAGCAAGUGAACUGCCUGCCCACAUCAAGCCAUCCCGUGGCCCUCCUUGGAUUAGUUCAAAGAGGCAGCGAAUCAACUCCGUCACCACUGACAAAGAACCCACUCGGUGAUACGCACGAUCUGCGCCAGGCCUGCUCCAACUGCUUUGUUAAAUCAGGAGUUAAGGCAUUGGACUAUAUUUAUAACCCUGACCUAGAUCAUAAAUGUAAAAAAGAUCUUCUGAUUGGAAGACUGAACAGUUUACCGGAUUCACGAUGGAAAAAAAUCAGGCCCCGACCUACCCGGAAUAAUUAUGGAGGGCCAUACUACUUGUGUAAAGAUAUAGUGAGUAAGGGGGAUUGCAAGUAUGGGGAUCACUGUACAUUUGCUUACUGUCAGGAGGAGAUAGAUGUUUGGACACUGGAGCGUAAAGGAGCAAUAAACCGCGAGCUACUCUUCGAUCCACUUGGGGGUGACACAAGAUGCAGCCUCACGGUAGCUAAACUGCUGAAGGAACAUCUUGGCCAUUUUAUGUAUCUGUGUGAGGAAUGUUUUGAUAGCAAGCCCAGGUUAAUAAGCAAGAAGAUUAAAGAUGGUGCAUCAUUCUGUUCUAAUCCAGAAGUUAAGCACAACUUUGAAGAGAAUAAGUGCCUGGUCCACAUGUUGCGCGCCACAACUGUGAAGUACUCCAAGAUCCGCCAGUUCCAGGAGCACUGCCAGUUUGAUGUGUGCCGUCACGAGGUGCGCUACGGGUGUCUGCGGGAGGACAGCUGUAACUUCGCCCACAGCCUCAUCGAGCUCAAGGUCUGGGUGAUGCAGCAAAGUUCAGGGAUCACACAUGAUGAGAUUGUCCAGGAGUCUGUGAAGUAUUGGCAGAGUGUGGAAGCUGGUGCAAACAAAGCACAGGUGACAUCCAAAGCUGGAAAGACAAACUCGCUGGGCAUGAAGAUGAAAUUUGUCUGCGGUCAGUGCUGGAGGAAUGGGCAGGUGGUUGAACCAGACAAGAACCUCAAGUACUGCAGUGCCAAAAUACGCCAUGGAUGGACUAAAGAGCGCCGGGUGAUGCUGGUGAUGUCGAGCGAACGCAAGAAGUGGGUCGCCAUCCGUCCUCUGCCAUCUUGCAGGAACAUCCCACAGCAGUAUGAUUUGUGUACACAUGUGGCAAAUGGGAAGAAGUGCCAGUAUAUUGGAAACUGCUCAUUUGCCCACAGUGUUGAAGAACGUGAUGCCUGGACCUACAUGAAAGAGACCAAAAUGCAUGACAUGCAACAGGUAUAUGACAUGUGGCUUGAAAGUCAGAAGCCAAUGAUGACAGGAUGGGCGACGGAACUCUCCACCAAGCAAAGUGAGAAGCAGAUUCACAUGCCCACUGAUUAUGCCGACGUGGGGAUUGGCUACCACUGCUGGCUAUGUGGGAAAAACAGCAACAGUGAGAAGCAGUGGGAGAAGCACAUUACGUCGGAGAAGCACAAGGAAAAGGUGUUCAACUCCGAGGAUGAUCAGAGCUGCUGGCAACACCGCUUCCCUAUGGGAGAGUUCAAACUCUGUGAGAGACAAAAGAAGAAAUGCUGCCCUGACGGUGAUGACUGCCGAUUUGCCCACAGCCAGGCAGAGCUGAACGAGUGGUUGGAACGCCAGGAGAUCCUGAAAAUGAAACUCGCCAAAGCCAAGAAGGACAUGUUGAUCACACCAGACGACAACGAUUUUGGCAAAUACAGUUUUUUGAUGAAAGACUUAAAUUAAUGGAUAAAACCGGUUCAGUUUAAUUGUCACUGAAACCUUUAAAUUUAACAAAAAUUGAUUUUGGUAACAUAAUGGAUAGUCAUGAAUUGUGACUUCAUUACACUGAGGUGACCCUUGUUGCCUCGCUUACUGCAUUUUACUCCUGUCUUAAAUGCAGUUGUUACAGGACGGGAGCACCUAUAAGGCAGAUAGUAGUGCUCACAACUGCUGCAGAUAAGUAUGAUGGAGCUGGGGGUUUGGGUGGGUGAGGGAAGUGUGAGGUCAAUGGGUUAAACAUCUGUACUUUGACCGUGCUACAGCAUAGUGAUGGAUAAGGGAUGGCUCAGUGAGUUCCUCCUGUAGAAUCUGGGCAUAAACACCCAGGUUCAAUCCACAUUCUUCACCAAGUUAGCUGAUUGCAGUACUCAUAGGAACCCAGUUACCUUCAGCACAGUUAGUGUUAGAAGUUGACCUGGGUUUAUACCUCUGAUAGUUGGCCAACAAUACCUGCAGGUGCAAAAAAAAAUCUUUGAACUUUUGAAAAAAAAUCUUAAGGAAUGGAUGUAUUACCAGUGGGCACAGUACCCUAGUGAGGUUGUAGUGCUGUGAGAAGGGUAGUGGGAGAAAAAAUGCCAAAGAGCAUAUAGAAGGCAUCAUGAUGCACAAGCAUUAAUAUUACCAGACUGAGCGAUGUCACACUGAUUAAUGUAUUUUUGAGUGUAUGCGUGUGUAUCUCAGGUCAGCAGAGCUGUUUUAGAAAGAAUGGAUGGUGUCUGUUGUCACCUUACAAGAAAGCUACUGAUAUGUCAGCCAGAUUACAGUUCUCAUGCACUCAGGCCAUCUUUUGAGCUGGUUUUAAAGGAGGAGUGGUUUAAAUGCAUCAGCCAGUGCCCAGCACCAAUUUUCUUCCUUUAUAGAGUCCUGCAGAGAUGUACAUUCUCCAUAAUCUGACCCAUUUGGUCACUAUUAUGUGUGAAUCUAGAUGGGGGGCUGCUAGGGGAGUAUCAGCAAGCAAAUUGGCUCUGCUGACUUCACAUACACAUCAACCAGGAUCACUGAGUAAUUAUCGAAGGUAAAACCCUGACUGAAUUGGUUCUCUGACCCACUGCAUAGCCCAGUGACACUGAGGGUAGUUGUAUUAUAAACCUAACUGAGAUCAGCUAACCCAACACCCACCUUCCUGCUCCCUACCUUAGUUCUACACCAGUUGUGUUAAAUAGAGCACUGAGAAAGCAUUGGCUUACUGAACACAAAGAUCAUGGUGCAGAACUCCUCAAAAUGCUGUAACCGCAAGGCAGUUGGGUUGAGAUUUGUAGUUUGUGAUUAAGUAACCUUUUCAUCCAGACGUAAUUAUUGGUGUAUGGGAGGAGAAUUAUGCUUUUUGUAAAAUGCCUCUUCUCUCCCUUCCCCCAAAGGAAUUUUCCCUUAACUUUCGUCAGUUCAUCAUUAACAAAUAGAUCUGUGAAAUCUGAACCCAUUCUGUAAUUGUACCCAAGAGCAGAAUCCUUUCUCUUUUAAUUCAAAAGUGAUCUCCAGAUUUCAAGAUACAUCUUCUACUGUCUUCUCGUCACCUUCAUUUGGUGUCUCUGUGUAAUAUCUACCUAAUGUGUCCACAUUAUGUCUCCCUGGGAAACCUGCACCAUAUUCACUGCCUCCUUGUAGAGUACUUAAACCAUCCUAGUUCAUCAGAAACUUGAGUCCGCCACCCUCUGUCGAGUUUGUGCUCGAGUCAAACUCAUUACAAGAGUCAAGUUUAAUGAUUUUCCUUCCACUGUGUUCAGUCAAUUAUUUAACUCUUUACUUUGAUAAGCAUUUCCUUUCCCUACUAUUUAUAGGACAUGGUCAGCUUAUUGCCCCAAGAAGAUCAGGUCCUUGUGGCAGUGUUCUCAUAACAAUGUUGUGAAAAGGAAAUGACAGAAUUGUGACCAAGUGUUAAUGAAAGGGCAACUUUGUCUAAAUUAGGGUGUUGGUUGACUUGGAGAAAAGUGUGGACAUGAUGGAUUUCCCAUGUACUCUUCUUUUUCAGCACCCACGCAUGAGGCUGAGUGGAAUUGCUGUUGCAUAGAAUUUCAUCCCAUGAGCUGGCCGUCGAGACCAACUGCUGUCUGCCAGUGGUUACGCUCGCAUCCAGCUUCAUCUAAGCUCCAUCAGCAUAUCCUUCUAUUUCUCUCUCCCUGUGAGCUUUCCUAGUUUUCCCUUAAAUAUCUCAACCACUACAUUUUGCUACUCAAGUUCCACAUUCUCACCACUAAGUAAAAAGUGUUCUCGAUUGGAUUUAUUAUUUUAUGCCCCCUUUUCUUGGACUCUUCUCAAUGGAACAUCUUUUUUCCACGUUUGCCCAAUUGAAUUCCUUUAUGGUUCUGAAGACCCUCUCUCAGAUGUGUGAGUGCCAUGUGUCGUACACAGAUUGCCUAAUACCUUCCCACAGUGAUCAAUGUCACACAUUAUGAAACUGAGUAGCGUUCAUGCUCAGUGCAUGUCCCAUCCCUGGCACUGUUGUGCUUGCACUAUUCCAUGCCCUAGGAAUUAGUCAUGAAAAGUCACAGCUUUCUGUAAUGUAGAUUCUUGCAUAUUUUUAACUGCUGAAUGUGUAAUGUACACAUUUUCAUGUGUCUUGAUUUAAAUUAUUACAUGUAACAACUUAAAAGCUGUGCUCUAGGCUUAGAACUUUCCAUGUUAAAGUUAAAAUUUGCAAGAGGAGUGCAACGUUAGAGAAGGCUGUGUAACAUUUGAGUGUGAGGAAUGAGACGUUAAUGUCGACGUGAUCUCGCACUGCCCGGGCUGGUCUAGAGUGCUGACAAGUGGACAUAUAGAGCAAGGUGUCACUGGCUUUACCCUGCUCUUGAGCCUGAAUUGGGCAGGACAGGGAAAAGCCAGAGUCAAAAAAAGAGAGGGUGGGAGGGAGGUGCUUUUGAAGCAGGGACACUGAAGUGGGGUGAAUUUUUAAGGAGGCCCAUGGUGAACUUUGGAUCAGUUGCCCUCAACCCUAAGUAAAACUAGAUCAGAACAGCCCUUCAGAUCUGUUCCACAUCCUAACUCUGUCCACACACACUGCAGCCUCUAACACCUUUCAAACAUAUCCCAGCCUGUACCCCCUAUGGAAAUGCUGUUGGACCAUCUGUUGCCUUUCAGUGCCAGGUACGGCUGAGAGCAGGCUGCACAUCUGGAUCAUUUAGUUAAAUUGAAGGUUUACCUUUGCAGAGUAGCAUAUUACAUAAAUACAUAAGUGGUGCUUGAGGAAGAUUUGUUACCAUGCCAGACCACCAAGGAAUCAGCAGUUUUGGUGGUGUUGAUUUGAAAUCAUGGCAGUCGGGUAUUUAGCAAAGCAGGAGUUGCAAAUAUAGGAAUUUGUGGAUUCUGCCCCAAACCACCUUCCAUAGUCAGAGUAUACUUUCCUUUAACUUCAUUUGUUAAGAGGGGUAAAAAAAAACUGAAAUAUCUUAAUGAUUGUUCAUUUUGUGUAGUGAAGAAAGGUCAUUUUUCUAAGUUAGUGAUUUGAUUGAUGUGCCAAAAUAACAACUGCCUUGAGUAUUAAAUGAAUACAAUGUUGGGGCUUUCUUCUGCUGAACAUUAGUUAUGCCCCUGUUCAUACAGGACUAGUCUUCCCAAAACAUGGUGCAGAUAUGUUUCAUAAUAUAAUAACUAUCAGGUCACAUAAUUUUUGUUCAGAUCAUGUUAGGGUUUAUUGUUUGCAGAGUCUAUCAACAGUAAUUCCAGGGAUAGAAUCAGUCAGCCAGAUUGCACACACAUACUCUAAAGUGAAAAUUCACGGAAAGGUUAAUAACAAGGUCUCUUCCUCAGUACAAUUGUCCUAGGGUCCAGGAAUUACUCUCCAGGACACUGCUAUAUACAAAUCAUGGAGAAAAAUCAGUGGGAUUUAAACAAAAAUGAUGCAAUGUUUAUAUUUUUAUCUUAAGCCUACAUCGCAUUCUCCCUGAUGUCAUCAAUGGUGUUAUUUGUGGAGUUAUGGUGAGGGGGUGAAUGUGUGUAAGUGGCUUCUUUUUAGGAAGUUUGGUUGUUGCUAAUCACAUCUGUUUCUUUUACCUAUGAAUUUGUUCUAUUUUACUGUUUUCUAGUAAACUUUUCUGUACUAGUUUUAAAAAUAUUGGAUGUGGUUGUUUGAUUGUUAAGAAUUAUCCAAUCAGGCAUAAAGUCUUGUUACUUUCCUGUUGGGUUAGGAAGGUUGGGUUGUGAGAUUGGAUAUGUUGUAUCUCCAAUAGCAGUGGUGUGGGACAGGGGCAUUAGUAAGAGACCAUGUGGUACUACCUUCCAAGAAUAUGACCAACCAAAGUUUGCAAUCCUGAGGGCAGAAGUAACCGAAGGAUACAAGACCUCUACAUAAAACAAGUGGAAUUUUGCUACCUAGCUCACAAUAUAAAAAAAGUUAAGGUGGCUCAAUCCAAAGCUGGGCAGUUACAGAGCUAAACACAGAAGUUUGGGGAAAUGAGGUGGGUCAUGACACAGGACUGUGCAUGCUUUAGUCAUAUUAUCAUUGAGGCAGAGAGACUACAAAAUUAUUAUUAGGAAAAAGGGGAUGGUUUUCCUUCCUUAAUGUCCCUGAUAAUAAACUAAUAAGUAAAAUUUGAUAAGUAAGUUGGCACAAGGCCACAGUUAACAGAUAAACCUGGUCCGGUUGAAUUUUUUCUGCAACCAUUUCUUACUUUAGGAAUCAAAUAAGGUGUGAAUUUAGGAAAUUAUGAAUAAGUUUUUGCUUCAGAUGCACAUUUGUUAGAAAUAUUGUAAUAUUGAUGGCAUUAGGUGACUAUCAGGAAUUGUACUUAAAAUCAUUGGAGAUGGCACUAAUCUUUUUCCAUUAAGCUUGUGUACUGCUUAGCAUUUGGCUGACAAUGAGAGUGUGAGGCAUGAAUGAAAUAAAUCAGAAGUAUUUGGGUAUCAAAAGAAAAAUCAGGUUUAAAAUGAGCAGUUAACAUUGAAAGGUGCAUUUGGUCUCUUCUCAUAGGGGACCAGCUAGAACGCUGGUCAGGGUAAACCUCUGCCAAGAACUGGUUAUCAAGACUGGACCUUAGCUGUGAUGCUGUUGACAGCCUGCAGGAUCAAAUGCAAGAGUAGCCACAUAUGAGAAGGUUAGCAGGCUGCCUCAGGUGGGGUUGCUAAUUCACAAGGUGUUUCCAGAUUUUGCAGCAGCCUUGAUUCUUCCCAUGUUAUUUUUGUCACCCUGGACCCCUUGGGCAAUAGAGCAAGCUGGCAGAAGCCUGGAGUAACACACAAAAAGCUGGAGGAACUCAUUGGGUCAGGCAGCGUCUAUGGAGGGAAAUGGACAGUCAAUGUUUCAGGUCAAGACCAUCUGAACUGGUCGAGACCCUUCAUCUGAAUCCAGAUGAAAGGUUUCAACCCAAAACAUCGACUGUCCAUUUCCCUCCAUAGAUGCCGCCUGACCCGCUGAGUUCCUCCAACACUUUGUGUGUUGCUCCAGAUUCCAGUAUCUGGAGUCUCUUGUGGCUCCAGAAGCCUGGAGUAGGCCAGCAAACUGCAUCUAGGUCAGGAUUACUCUGAGGAGUGGGGGACGGGAUUGAAGAGGAUACAGAUUUAAAAGAUUGUCAUUGCAGACAAAAGCCUUCUUCAUUUUAAAACAAAACAAACCUAGUAAUUCAGGUUCAUUUAGUUCAGAAUCCAGAAUAUGUUAAUUUGAUACGGCAUUUGACAAGAGGCAUUUGUCACUCAGAGUUGCUGGAAAAAAAGGGAUUGUUUUCACUAGAACAAAGAUGAUCGGACUGGCAUAAUCGUGAUUAUGAAAUGACGUUAUGGAGUAAAUUGGGACAGAGGAGAAACUGGCUGGAUAAUAAUUAGAGGUAAAGAAUAACAAAAAGUGAGAUUAAGGAAAUGCCUUUCUGUAGAGAGUUGUUAACUGUGAUAUGAGAAUACAUGAUUGCUUUUAAAAUGUAAGUGGACAAAGAUUUAAAAUGUUUUGUUUAAAUGGACGUGGGGAGAGGGCAAGACUAUGUGGAUAGCUCCUCCACAGUCUGAACAGACCAAUGAGCAUCCCUGCUGGAUGGUAAAGUUGUAUUCAGCCUGCCAUCUGAAAUCUUCAGCUCUUGCUUCAUUUCUGGAAGUGUGAUAAAGUGAGAUCACAGUGUGAUGAUCUUCAACCAUGGUCAGGUGGCUGACAGUGCUGGCUGGAUAUUGCUCAUCAGCAGACCAGAAAUGUCUUUGGAGGUCCAGGCCACUCGUGGUGGGCUGCAGUUUCAUGACAACAUGUAGCUUUAAAGACAGGGUGUGCCAAAGGGUUAAGGGUCUUGCGUGGAGAUGUGGGAGGAAAAGAACUAUCAUUUUAUUGGAAGGGAGGUGAACUGUUGACCAAGGGGGCAUCAUAACCUGAACAUGCUCUUCAGCCAUACUACAGACUAAUGAGCACUCUGGCCUAGUUUAGCAUCCCACCACCCACUCUGUCAUUUCAUUGUACUUGGGGAUGAACAAAGCUGGGUGGAGGAAACUUGAUGAGGGCUGAGAACAAGCUUAUGCUUAUCACCAUUUAGUCAGCAAAUUGGCAAAGGAAUAGAUGGGAGAGAUGGGGGUUAAAGGAAAUAAGUCUGGGGUCAAGAUGAGGGAUCCUCUCCCUCCCUCUCCUGUUUAGAGUCUCUGAAUUCUCAUUGCAGCCAUAUAUCUGCUUAAGAUCAUAUUUACUUGUUUAUAUAUAUAAAUAUAUAUAAUUAUUCAUAAAAAGUUCUUUACUGUGAUAAUGUGUUGGGGCCAUCCAUGACUGUGCUGAGUGUACAGAACGUUAACACUCUGAAAAUGCUUUGUUUCAAAAUGUCUUUUUAAACUUGCUACAAGAGCAUGUGAACAGCAGGGCGGCCCCUUAUAGAAUAAAGAAAGUAAACGUAGUGAUAUUUUAUAGGCCUUUGUUGAUGCAGAGGCUAGUUUGGUGAAUACGUAUAUGUAAAAUUCAUCGUUGAUGUGGAUUAGUAAUCCAGAUUUUUUGAGAUAUAAUUGAAGACUAUAAUGGAAACUAGUAUGGACAGGGACUUGUAAUAAUACUGCAUGCAAUGGGUAAAGUUAAAGUGUUAUUAAUGUGUUCAUACUUGCAGAGAAACCUGCUUUAAUGGUGACUUUCAUACUAAAUUGCCAUCCACCUGAUUUAAGAUAUAGGUAUUUCUGAAUUGCUUUGUACAGUGAAUGUGGCUGGAUGUGGCCAUUGUGUGGUCAGAGCUGGAAACAAACACAUCCUUCAAAGGUAGAACCCCUUCAACUGACUCUAGCUCCAUCAGAGCCCCCAAGCAGAUCUCAUUCCUACCACAGCCCCACCCCACCCAUUUAAACCCCCAUUUCCUGACCAGAGCCCAUCAUUGCCUCUGAUCCAAAUCCAACCCUCAUCAUAUACUCCAAAGCGAGACCCAAGCCCCUGAACAAAACCAAAACUCAUCAUGAUAUCCAAAAUAGCAUUCAACCCAGUACUGCUCCUGAACCUGCCCUCGUUACUUCCAGGAGCCAGUCCCUCGAUGUGCACUGUUGGUCCCGGAAGCUAGAACCCAGCUCCACUUUAGAACAUGGACAGAAAUCAAAAUUGUAGAAUUGUACAGCUCAAAGGAGGCCAUUUGGCCCAUCAGCUAAUUAGGAGAGCAGUCCAAAUAAUACUGCCCCCUCCUCUUUACACAUCAUCCCAGAGUUUUUCUUUUCCAAGUAUACAUCCCAUUCUUUCAAAGCUCCUCUCGAACCUGCUUCUGGGCAGUACAUUUCAAUUUAUAACAUUGUUUAAAAUAAUUCUGCCCCCUCUCCUCUUUGCUUCUUUUGCUAAUCCUCGCUGUUGAGCUUGCUAGUUGCCAAAGGCCCUGUCCUCCCAUUCCUAGAACCUCUUACGUUUCAGUUCUGACUCCCAGGAUGUACCAUGGAAGGUUGACACAGUUCAAUGGGGACUGGAUGAGUAGGUUGGGGUUGGUGGAGAUGGGAGUUGGUUGUGAUGUGAGGUAUGGAGGUAUCUGUUGCCCUCAGGUAUAAAAGCGGCUUGGGGCACGGGUCCCUUAUGUCUCUGCUGGACCAUCACUGGUACCCUUCUAGUCACUAUCUGUUGGAGAACAGCCCUGAGUGGUAGUGUAACUAAGAAGAGGAAUCCUGUUCUCUAAUAAAUACUUACCUCCACCACACCAAACAUCACGUUCUUCACUCCCACCUCCCCCAGUCUUGUGCUCUGGACUAGAAUAAUGUGAUUAAAGUGUUUUGGGGUCAAGUGCAAAGGAGAAAGUUCACAUUUGGACCCACGGGUGCCCAUAUAAUGCAGGUUUAACUGUAAGUACAUUGGAUCAGCCUAGUCCAUUAAUGGGACGGGUUUUCAAACUGUGCAUUUUAUUGCUAUGGGAGUUUAAUCCCCAAACAACAGUGCUGGUUAAUUCUGUAGGGACAUUCCUGUUAAGAAAUUUUAUAUUUCAUUUUCCAAUAAAUUUAUUUCUCUUCAUUUGAAUCCAAAUCUAUGGAAUUUACCUCUUCAUUCUUGAAAUUAUUCAAACUUCAGAUAAUCGGUACAAAAGCAAAAACCCGCAGAUGCCAGAAAUCUGAAAUUAAAAACAGGAAAUACUGGAAAUGCUCAAUGGGUCAGCAGCAUCUGUGAGGCGAGAACCAGAGGAAAAAGUUUCAUCAGAAGUCACAGGUUUUAGGCGAGUGAGGAACCAGAGAAAGGGUGGUGGAGAAGAAAGAACAUGGUCUGAAAUAUGGUGGAAGCCAGAGCUGAUUUAAAUGAAUAAAAGGAAUUGGGUAGGGACGAUCUGCAGGUCAUAUGUUAUACAUGGAAGGGAGUAUGUGAUUUGCCUUACAGCAAAGUCUAUGGAAGACAAAGCAAACUUACUCAUUUAAAAAGUCUAUUUAAGCAUCCAGAGAGGAGGCAGAAAUAAUGAUACAAACUAUUUCAACACUUGAUAAAAGGGUAAUUUCUCCAAAAAUAUGCACUGAAUUAAGGAUAGAUGCACAAAUUUUCUACCUAUAAGGAUUAGAGGGAUAUGGGCAGGCAAACGGUAUCGGUUCAUGUGGGCAACUUUGUUGGCAUGGACAAGUUGUGCCGAAGGGCCUUUUUCCAUGCUGUAUAACUCUACGACUCUGAAAUCAAUCUGCCACUUAUGGUUACUAGGUUUGAUUGGCAGGAGAAUUACCCAAUCAUAAUCCAGUCUAUUUAGCAUGUCAUGCUGUGAAGCCAGUAAAGAAAUGAAAGCUGGAUUAAGAGAAGGCGUAAAUGGAAACAGCAGGACCAGAUCCUGUACAGAAGAACAGCAACGAUACUUAUCCCAAGUUGUUAAAUUUAAUGUUGAAAUCACACCAGUAGAUUAUAAAGUACAUGAACUAUUUCUUCAACAUCUGUUGAUUUCCAUUGGAGCAGUUAAAUCUUUUGCUUUUUUUUUAUUCCAUGGAUAAAAUUCCAUGGGCAGGCACGGUGUAGCGGUUAGCGUAACGCUAUUACUGCGCCAGCGACCCAGGUUCAAUUCCAGCUGCUGUCUGUAAGGAGUUUGUACGCUUUCCGUGUGUCUGCGUGGGUUUCCUCCGGGUACUCCGGUUUCCUCCCACAUUCCAAAGACGUACGGGUUAGGAAGUUGUGGGCAUGCUAUGUUGGCGCCUGAAGCAUGGCGACACUUGC